GAACUCUCUCGAGUUUAGAACUGCAUUUCCCGGAAGCCCUCGCGGCAAACUGAGCACCUCGCGCUGAAGCUUACUGGACCGCACAAGUCGUGCACCACGUUCGUGGCGGUGAUGUGGAACGUUCCAGGGUUCCUGCCUCGUGUUCUCCUCUGCCCAGCGUCAGAGUAGCUGGACUGACGGGACGCGCUGUGCUGUUGUCGUUUCAGGUCAACAAUAACACCCCCCCACCCCUCCUCUCCCCGGGCCUGAGCCGCCACACAAUGUCGCCCGCUGCAAAGGAGCAAAGGUCAGCAGCUUCUCUGACAUGCCGCCGGCUUGCCUCCCAUUUCAUCAUCCCGUAAAAAUGCUCCGUUCCGUGCGGCUCAGCCCUUUCUGACUAGACGCCGCAGGGCUCGUUCCAGCCGUCCGUCAGUCCAGUCAGAGCGGCUUCUCCUCCCAUGCUGGUCUGAGGCGGCGGCAGAGAGGCUCGCCUUGUGUUCAUCCCCCCCCUCCCCCCUCCACAGGGGGCGACACACACCCAGCUGCCACCAUGGUGGCGGACGACGCGGCCGCGGCGGCGGCGGCGGGCGACCACCGGCCGGACGGGGACCGACACCUGGAGCUGAAAACGCCGGCGUCGGAAGGCGGCGGGGCCAACGGAGACGCCGAGGCGGCCCCGUCCCCCUGCGAGGACGCCGGCGGGGACGGCGCGGGGCUCAAGUGCUCCGUCAUCUUCCUGUGCUUCUACGGGUUCAUGUCGUCCAUACGGCCCGGGGAGGCGUUCAUCACGCCCAACCUGCUCAGCUCGGAGAAGAACUUCACCAGACAGCAGGUGACCAACGAGAUCACGCCGGUGCUGACCUACUCCUACAUGGCGGUGCUGGUGCCGGCCUUCCUGCUGACGGACCUGCUGCGCUACAAGCCCGUGCUGAUCGUGCAGGGCGUCAGCCACGUGGUCAUCUGGGUGCUGAUGCUGCAGGGCACCACGCUGCUGCACAUGCAGCUGAUGGAGUUCUUCUACGGCGUCACCAUGGCGUGCCGCGUGGCCUACUCCUCCUACAUCUUCUCGCUGGUCAGCCCGGCCUUCUACCAGCGCGUGGCGGGCUACUCCCGCUCCUCGGUGCUGCUGGGCGUCUUCACCAGCUCCGUGCUGGGCCAGCUGUGCGUGUCGCUGGGCGGCGUCACCUACCACACGCUGGACGCCGUCUGCCUGGGCUUCGUCACCUUCGGCCUGCUGCUGUCCUUCUGCCUGCCCUGGCCCAGGCGCUCCCUCUUCUUCAACCAGACCAGGAAGCAGGAGAAGAAGGAGCCGGCGGCCCGCUCCGAGCUGGACCGCAUCAACCCCAAAGGGGGCGUCCCCUCGCCGCCGCCGCCGUCCCGCUGGAAGGAUUCUGUUCUGGUGCAGAUGCUGCUGGAGGUGGGCAACGUGGUGAAGAUGCCCAACCUGAGGCUCUGGUCCCUGUGGUGGAUCUUCAACUCCACGGGAUACUACCUGGUGCUGUUCUACGUCCACAUCCUGUGGAACCACGUCUUCCCCGCCACCUCCUACAACGGCGGCGUGGAGGCGGCCUCCACCUUGCUGAGCGCUGCCACCUCCUUUGUGGCGGGCUUUGUUAAAAUCCGCUGGAACGUGUGGUCUGAGCUGGUCAUCGGUCUCAUCACGGCGCUGCAGGCGGGCCUGCUGCUGCUCAUGGGCACCACGGACAGCAUCUGGGUCUGUUAUGCUUCCUACAUCCUCUUCAGAGGCUUCUACCAGUUCCUGGUGCCUAUCGCCACGUUCCAGAUCGCCUCGUCGCUCACCAAGGAGCUGUGCGCCCUGGUGUUCGGCAUCAACACCUUCCUGGGGACGAUCCUGAAGAGCAUCAUCAGCCUGAUCUUUUCAGACAAGAAAGGCCUGGGGCUGGACGUGAAGGCUCAGUUCUUCGUCUACUUCGUCUACUUCACCCUGCUCACUGUGGUGUACUUCGUCUGCGCCGGCGUUGUCCUCGUCCGUCACUUCAGGGACCAGAACUCCGAGGGCCGCGCCUCCGCCGGCGGGCCGCCCACCGAGCUCAGCCCGGUGCCCGACGCCUCCGAAGCAGAGCCUCUGUCCAACGGCAAAAGUGCCAAGACUUAAAAGUUGAGAAGAAAGCUGCCAAACUGCGAGCGGUAUUGGGUCUUGUGAAGACGACGGAGAAGCUCGCCUUAAUCAUGGAAGUGCCUAAUCUCCUGCUGUGGGAAGCCUGUUGCACUACGUCACCCGUUUGUGUUUUGCACCGUUAGCAGAAAAAGCGAGAACUCACAGAGCCAAUCAGGGUUAGAAACACAUUACACUUUUAACGCAGCACUCCCGUUGUUACAGUUAUUAUCUUUUAGAUGAGGUGUGAUUAGCCUCGGAUCGCUGCUGUUAACGGACAGAAUCAGAUUUUGUGAUAAAAACCUCAAUCCUAAAAAAACGUGACCACGAACUGCAGGGUUUUGUGCAGUGUAAUUAUUUUUUCUUUCUUUUUAAAUCUUGUAUUAAUUUGUAUUUGAUACAUUGAAAUAAGCUGUAGAUUAUUUUUGUAGGAGCAAUAAUUUGUACAUUUCUACUAUUGCCAAGAUUUUUGCCCACAGUGUUGGGUUUUAACACCUCAGCUGAAGGUCCAGGAAAACAAAAACGGCUGCUUUUACUUUGAAAUUCACAGGAACUGAAACAAGGAAGCGUUUUAUUUUCACGCAGCAGUCGCUUCAUUUCGUCUUUGACUCCAUUUUUCUGUAGGAUUUGACUCCUGUUCACAAUGUCUGUAUUCUGAUUAAUAUAAUUUCUGAAAAAUGCUGGAUGACAGGAAAUCAAGUGUUUUUAUUUUCCAUUCACAAAUAAAAUACAAGUAGUGGAUAAAGUGA